AUGGUCCUGUCCGGCGCCCCGUGGUCGCCCUCGGAUGCUGAUGAUGAGACCCCGGCCUCGCCCGCUGAGACAGCGGGUCCGGGAAGCACCGCAGGAUCAGAGCUAAGGGAGGCUAGUAGUCAGAGAAAUAACAGCAAUCUUGUCUUUUUAUCAGGUGAAAAGUUGGAGGAGUUUCUUCGCUCACUGAACAGCAGUAAACCUCUGUAUUUGGGGCAGACUGGUCUGGGUAAUAUUGAAGAACUCGGAAAACUGGGGCUGGAGCCUGGAGAAAAUUUCUGCAUGGGAGGGCCAGGAAUGAUCUUCAGCCGGGAAGUUCUCCGGAGGAUGGUGCCACAUAUAGGUGAAUGCCUUCGAGAAAUGUACACCACCCAUGAGGAUGUAGAAGUGGGCAGGUGUGUCCGGAGGUUUGGAGGAACUCAGUGCGUUUGGUCCUAUGAGAUGCAGCAAUUGUUCCAUGAAAACUAUGAACACAACCGCAAGGGUUACAUUCAAGAUCUUCACAACAGCAAGAUCCACACAGCCAUAACACUUCAUCCAAACAAAAGACCAGCCUACCAAUACAGGCUGCACAAUUACAUACUGAGUCGCAAAAUUUCCGAACUGCGCCAUCGGACCAUCCAGCUCCAUCGAGAAAGCGUUCUGAUGAGCAAGCUCAGUAACACUGAAGUAAAUAAGGAAGAUCAGCAACUGGGAGUGGUGCCGUCUUUCAAUAAUUUCCAGCCACGUGAAAGGGAUGAAGUCAUCGAAUGGGAGUUCCUGACUGGAAAGUUUCUUUACUCAAUGGUGGACAACCAGCCACCCCGGCAGAGCCUGAGCAGCGUCCUGCGGGCUGCGCUGGAUGAUACUGUGAUGCAGGUCAUGGAAAUGAUAAAUGAGAACUCCAGAUCUAGAGGAAGGCUCAUUGAUUUCAAGGAAAUACAGUAUGGGUACCGCAGGGUAGACCCUCUGCAUGGAGUAGAGUACAUCCUGGAUUUACUGCUUUUGUACAAAAGGCACAAAGGAAGGAAAGUUACAGUUCCAGUGAGACGCCAUGCUUACCUUCAGCAAUUGUUUAGCAAACCUUUCUUCAAAGAAGCAGAGGAGCUGGAUGUAAAAAGCUUGCUGGAGGACACCAACACUGACACUCAAUCUUUCUCUUUCCUUUCAAAUUCUUUAAAGAUUUUUUCCUCAUCGUUCCAAGGCACCAAAGACGUUGGGAGACACAGUGACAAGAAAAUACAUAUUCUUGUCCCUAUCACGGGAAGAUUUGAUACUUUCUCAAGAUUCAUGGAUAAUUUUGAGAAGACUUGUCUGAUUCCCAAGCAGAAUGUAAAGUUGGCAAUAAUUCUCUUCGGUUCUGAAUCGGGCCAAGACUCUAGCAAACACGUAGAACUAAUGAAAGAAUACAGCAUUAAGUAUCCCAAGGCAGAUAUGACCCUGAUUCCAAUGUCAGGAAAGUUUUCUAGAGGUUUAGGUCUUGAGAUGGCCUCGUCUCAGUUUGACAAUGACACUUUGCUGCUGUUCUGUGAUGUUGAUCUGGUAUUUACAUCAGACUUCCUCCAGCGAUGCAGAGAUAACACUAUUCAGGGAGAACAGGUUUACUACCCUAUCAUAUUCAGCCAGUAUGAUCCAAAAGUAAUAUAUGGAGGCAACCCUCCCCCUGACAGUAGUUUUGUUUUCACAAAAAGAACUGGAUUUUGGAGGGAGUAUGGAUUUGGAAUUACCUGUAUUUACAAAAGCGAUCUACUUACUGCUGGUGGAUUUGAUACCUCGAUUCAAGGCUGGGGACUUGAGGAUGUAGAUCUCUUUACUAAAGUGAUAACAUCUGGCUUGAAGGCUUUCAGAAGUCAGGAAGUAGGAGUUGUCCAUAUUUUUCAUCCUGUUCAGUGUGACCCAAAUUUAGAUCCAAAACAAUAUAAAAUGUGCUUAGGGUCCAAAGCAAGUACAUUUGCCUCUACCAUGCAGCUCGCUGGACUCUGGCUACAGAAACAUUUGGGUGUCAGAUACAAUUGGACUCUCUCCUGACAACUCAGCCUAUUUGGCCUUUUUAGGGGAGUUUACCUCAUUGCUAUUAUUUGAUUUUGCUGUUGUAGUUUUAAACUCCCUCCUCGUAGUCUUCCAAAGACUGUUGACCUCAAAUGGGAUGACUCUGCUGUUCACUGAUGUUUCUUAUACCUACUGAACUGGUGAGGUGAAUUUCUUCAUAUUUCCUUUAUUUGAAAUUCAGUCUAGUCAUGGAAAUCAUACAAGCCCAUGGAGCAUAUUCAUCACAAGAGACUGUAUUAGAAGAAUGUUGUCUUUCAGCUUUUGGAUUCAGUAUCAUCUUUGUUGCAUUUCUCAGAUUUGAUGUGAUACAAAUAUUUACUGGUGAAGGUACCACAAAAGUGCUUUAUGCUUCUUCUGGGGAUGGAACUCUCUAAGAUAAACUUGAGUUUUAUAAUUUAUAUGAGGACUUAUAUGUAUAAACGCUACUUUUCUUCAUCUUUAGAAUUUUUAAAGUAAAUGAAUAACUAUAAUUGUACCUUUAUUUUUUAAAAUAAGAGUAAAGCUGAGGAGCUACUUGCAAAUACAACUGGUACUGGCUACCAAGGUCCUUAAAUGUCUUAUUAUUAAAACAAACUCCUCACUGUUAUUCAGUCAAAGUGUAAAUGAACUUUAUUUUCACAACAAAAAGGAUUUAAUCAAAUGCUCAUAUACACUUUGAAGAUUUUUGAGCCAACAUCCUUCAUUUGCAGGCAAGAAGAAACUAUGACUCAACAUGGUCAUUUAAUAUAAAGUGCAAGCAUACAGUGUUCUUACUUUGAAACACAUACUAUAAGUUGCUCUUUCUCUUUUUAGAAUGAGUCUCUAAUGCAUAAUUUUCUUUUCAAUUCCUUUCAUAAGGCUGCACUUCAGUGUUAAAAGUUAAAGCUCUAUUUUUUGUUCUACAUUUUUCAUGAAUAAUGGUACUUGGUAGCAACUUGUUGUUAAAAUUAAAGUAACUGUAGAAUAGUUAUUUAAGUUUCAAAUUUACUAUUGCUGGUCAAAGUUCCUUGCCAAUAUAUUUAUAUUAGUGGAGGUUAUAAGACUGUGUUCAGAUUUAUCUCUCCAAACAGCCUGAAGCUGUCAUAUUGUGGAUUCAUGAAGCAUUUAAAGUAAUACAAACAGGAGAAAUAAUAAAAUAAAUUUCUGUAUUUGAAAAAAACAUUUAUAUAGGGAUAUAUAUGUGUGUGUGUGUGCGUGUGUGUAUAUCCCUAUAUAUAUAUAGAUAUAUAGAAAGAGUAAUUUCAAAGUAUAUUCCACUUUUUAUUUCAGGCAGUGAUUUGUUACAAUGGUCAUUAUUUUUUGCCACAUGCUUGGAACAUUUCAUGUUAUACUGUGGUAAGAGCUUAGAGACAUUCAGGAAACCAUCAGAAUUCAGCUAAACUUAUUUCAGUGGGUACAUCUAGUAACCUCAGUACCCUUGAUUUCAAAUUAUAUUUCAAACAGAGCUGGGCAAGAAAAAGUUCUGGUUUUCAGCUGUAACUGACAGCUUCUGUGUUUCCUUAAAAAAAAAAAAAAUCCAAAAAACAAACCUAACCAAAACCCCCCCCCCCCAAAACAAAUAAGAGAUUGGACUUCACUGGCACAUCUGUUUGUGUGAGGAUAGCCAGAUAAUUUCCUAAGCCAUGAAGAGAAUAUGUAGGUCAGUUAAUGUCUUUUAUCUGUGGCUCUCUGUUCUGGACUUACCGUGCAAAGAAAAAGGAAACCCUGACAAGGAUUGAGUUAACUCAGAAUUAAAGGGCUGGCCAUAGUUUGUUGUAUGCUUUAAAAAAGGCCAUUCCCUUGCCCUGGAUAAGGUAGCAAUUGUGGUAGAUGACAACAGAGAGUGUAAUUCAUGUUUGUAUUAGCCCUCCUCAAGCAGAGCUCUUGUCUUAUUAUUUUACUGGAGGCUCUUGCCUUCCUAGCCCAGUAUUGUUAGCUCAAAUGUCUGAUAAAAGAAAAAUUCAGUAUCACUUAUAAUAUAAUUCUUGGAAAUUGCUCUUCAAAUUGAGUGAUGAAAUAACACUUUGUUCAUUAAAAUGUGAAGAACAAGGAACGUGAUAUAUUUUAAAAAUCUCAACCAAUAUGACUGUAAAUAUCAAAAACUGAUUGCCUGUUGAUAAAUGGUUGUGAUGAUUUAGUAAACAAGAAAAAACCUAAUGACUGACAAAGACAUCUAAGGAAAUCAUUGUCUACUGGGAUGUAUUCCAGUGGUUAUUUCAAUUACUUAGUGGCCAGAAAGUAUUUGCUCAGCUCUAAGUAAAAUAGUAGAUUAGAACAAGCAAUGAAACCAAUCAUUCAGUGGGGAUAAAGAUGUAUACAGAGGGCUUGCAGGAUCAGGUCCUACAUGAUAUAAGCAAAAUGCUAGUAUUUACCAGUACAAAUAUUUAUUUAGUGUCUUGACUGAUUCAUUUGUUUAUAUGAUGAAUUACUUUGUUAAAAACCUGAUUAUAAAUGUUUAUUAUGAACUAUUGCAUUUUCUUUUGAAAUAACUAUCCUGAGAUAACUUGAGAAAUUGUGUUAGUUUGUCUGAGGAAUAAUAUGCCUUCUAAGGAGAUCAUAUUAAAAGGAAAAAAAAAAAAGCACAAAAGUGUUAGAGUAAUGUUAUGUAUGUAUAGAUUAAGAUGGGAAUAUCUGUGUUAAUCAACUGUUUGUUUUUGUCUAAUCUGAAUCAUAAUCUUUAUUGUAAAAAGAAAUUUCUAUGUGUAUCAUGUCCCUUUGUAAAUGUGUGACAAAUUAAUUCACAAUAGAAUAUAAAUACCAAUUUUUCCCCAAACCUCCUUCCCCUGGGAAUAGUUUUCCUAGCAGGCUUCAUUGCUGGGAAGUGGGUUGUGAACAGUUUGCAUUCUGGCUUUUUAGACACAGCCAUUCUUUUUAAAAAAAAAAAAAUCAGCAUUCACUACUCAGAAGACUCAGAAAUCCCCAAACCACUGCAUCAUGGCUGGUUUUUCCAGUCACAGUGCUUAAUUUAACAGAGCAUGAAGGAAAAACAUCAUGUUGGGCUUUCUAAGAUUUGAUGAGCAAACAUCAAGGUUCUCAAACUGAAGAAAGGCAGAAGGCCAGGGGGAGAUGUGGGGCUCAACCACAGGAGUUGGCACCUUCUCAUCCCUGUACUGCCCCCUGUGCUGCCUGCUGCUUAUGAUUUGGCAGCUCCAGCAAGCACAGAGGAGUUGUGCUUGCUGCCACCAGCUGCUCUUGAGAAGCAAAAAGGCCAUUUUAAUCAGGGAGCAAUGAAAGGAGGGUCCCGAACUGAGGAUUCAUUGAGGGGGUGGCAGGUUGUCUUGUUCAGAUCAUGUUUCUCACUGUCCCCAGGGGAACAGAGAGCCUGGUCCCACAACUCUUCCCUGUUUGCUCUCAAGAGACAUUGAAGGAAGGGGAAAAACUCCAUGGGGCUCAUGGGCUUGCAUCAUGUACUUGGGUCCUACUGUAUCAUGGGAAAAGAGGGGAAAAGGUGCCACGUGAUCUUCCUAAAAAGCAGUACAGAGCAGUACAGAGCAGCAAAAAGAGAGGCACCAUCUGUACUCACCAAAGACCAGGUGUGCACAAAACUGCCUUCUUGAUAGUGCCUCAGAAUUCUUGCAAAAAAUUACAGUGCUGAUAAAAUGACUCCUAGGAGUGUGCUGCAUAUCCUCAGUAACUGUGGGUACUUGCAAGCAGAAUGAGUUAAAAAAAACAUUUUUUUAAACAGGCAAAUAAACAAUUUAAACUCCUUUUGAUGUCUUAAAUAAUCACUACAAUUCUUAAGAUGUAGUUUGCUACAUCAAACAUUUUGCUCCAAAGAAUGAUGCCAGCUUUAAGAUGCAAAAACCCCUACAUGUGUAGUCUCUAUGUCAUUUUCCUGCAACUUAAAAUCAGUUAAAAUUUACAGAAAUAAGCAGGGAGUAGAAAUUGGUGAGUCACUGACUGGGGCAAACGUUUAUGUUUCUGCUGUAUUUUUAAAAGAGGAUCAAAUCAGGAGAAAAAAAGAAUGCUGAGUAAGAUACAGACAAAAAUCAGCUAUGAUGUUUAGUAGCUGUGAUAAUUGUGGUCCUAAACUGCAUCAGAAUAAGAUGUUUCACUAAGUUUUAACUGUUUGCGAUAACUGAAGGUUAUCGUCUGUUGUACAUCUUUAAGUAACAUGUGUAAUCCAUUUUUAAUUCAUUAAUUUCUUAGAAUAAUUUUUAGUUUCUUCCAUCAGCAUUUAUUCACUUGAUUAAUAAGAUUACAUGUCACGACUAAGUCUCAAUUUCCUAUUUUUCUUUUUCUUGGGUCUUCCCAUUUGCAGUAUGGACUGCAAACGGGAAACCAGUACUACAGAA